UGCCUUUGAACUUAAGGGGUUUUCUUCCCGAGUGAAGCCAUUCGGUUUCUAACGGGCUCCCUAGUUGAGCGGGUAGUUUUCCUUCUAGAGCGGAUGGAAAAAUCCCCUGCUAGACCUGCCGAGGGAAGAACUAACCCCAACCCGGAGGAGGCGAGGCCGACGGCGGCGGGCAAAGGUGAACCCCGCCUCGUACUUGGAAAGGAGGCGGGUCUCCUCAGCUCACUUUUCUCCCUGCCUCCUUCGCCGGGUUGUGCUUUCGGGCGCCAUUUUGGAGAGCGUUUUGUUUGUGGGCUGAGCCCGGGCAGAGCGAAAGUUAGCUUUCUCCUCCCUCUCCGCCGGGACCGUGACGGCGUUUCUGUGGCAGCGCGGGGGGCUUCGUUGGGCAAGGGCUGUCUGAGCGAUGGAACAAGCAGCUGAAGUCGUAAUGGACCAGAAUGAAUUUGUUCCUGAAAAUAUAGAAAAAACUGAACCUAAAAAAAAGGGACCAAGGGGCCGGGGAAGAGGUCGAGGUGGCAGAGGAUAUACUAGAGGGAAAACACGAGGCAGAGCACUGAAUGGCUUUGGGCCUAUAAGACGUGGAAUGGGAAGAAUGCGCCCGUAUCCAGAUGCAAGAGGCGGAAGAGGAGCUCAUGGAGGACCACUUUUCCCACAUAUUCCACCCAUAAGAGGAAUGGCAAGAAUGCCUUUUCUGCCGCCGCCGCCUCCUCCUCUCCCUCCUCCUCCUCCACGAUAUGGAAUUCCUCCCCCUCCUCCUCCCCCACCUCCAGAAUUAAUGGGCUUCAGAGGCAGGCCGCCUCUUCCCCAAGCCAGAGGAAUGCUGCCAUGGCCGCGAGGCCGAUUUCCACCUCCAGGAGGGGUAACAUAGUCACCCUUUGAGGCCAGUGGGAGAUGACAUGCAGACCUUUGGGAGAGCUUUCAUCAAGGCCUUAUUUGAGGUGAGAGAGUAUUUACAAAAUUUUUUCCACUCCCUUUCUUUUUUCCUUAAGCAAAGUACAUAUAUUCAUUUGACUUUUAUUCAUGUUCAGACUUCUUGCACACACACACAUAUACACAUUAAACGUAUUUACCUUUGCCUAGGGUGAGAAAAGCAUUCAUCUGAUUACAUUAAGUAGGUUCAGUUCUAGAAGUUGGGCUACCAAGCACAGUGGUUUUAGGUUAAAAAAUACACGCGUCUAUAAAUUCAUAAGACUGGGCUUUACACAGAUCUCUGUCAAAAGGUUGGCCAAAAAUAUCACUUCAUGGAAUGUGUAAAUUGGACUUGGUCUGCUGGUGAAAUGCAUGCCAAGUGACAACACAAAACUCUGCAAAGAGUCAUUUUCAUAUUGCAUGCAUUGGGGUCAACAUCUCGUUAUUUAUAUAGCUCAUAACAGUCUGGUUUGAAUCCAGCAGUGCCCUUUGUAGGAAGGAAAGCAUUACCCCUUGUACAAGACGGACCUGCCAAAUUCUACGGAUUUCUCCAUUCUGCUUUAGUCAUCUAUGUAUAUAUAUCAUGCUUUUUCCACAUAGUUCACAAGAGAUUAAACUAUAACAAUGACUCUUCAGAAACACUGAAACAAUUCUAAAGAGGCACUGCAUCGGUAGAUAAGUGAAUAAUAAUACUGUAUAGCAAAAAAAUAAUCUUGUUGACGAAAUACAAAUAAACUGACGUUUGCCAGCAACUUAAACUAAACAAAUGACAGACAUAAAAAUCAAGAUAUAUUGACAAGAUAUAUUAGACAAGACCUAAUAACCCUCAAGAAUGUUAGUGCCUGGUUUGUCUGUUGGUUUCCCAUGCCCCAGUACCAUGUCAUUCAAGAAUGGUUGUUAUGGGGUGCACAGUUAUUGUUGUGGAAGAGAUGCCUUUAUACUGAGUCACAAUAUUAAUACUUCUAGCCCAGUAUUAAUUAUUGGUGGCAGUUUUCUAAGGUCUGUGGGAGAAGGUUCUUCCCUAAGCCUGUUUCCUGAGAUACCUUUGAAAUUGUCUUUCAGCAUGCACAUGUAUUUGAACUAUGGCCAUUCCCCAAUUAAGGACACCAUGAUUUCCCCCCUUAGACUUACCUUAUCUUGCUGUUCCCAUUAAUUUUGAAAGUGCAACAAGGAAAAUGGUAGUGUCUCAUAGUCAUAUACUACCUUGUACAACAUUGUUGGGUCAGAAUACUGCUAGCCCAUUGCAACAAUAACAGGCCUGCUGUGCAUCUGAUAACAGGAGGGUAAUACUGAAUUUCGCCUGCUGUUGAGAAAACCAACCCAAAUUUAAGAGGAUACAAACAUAAGCUUUGUUCAUAAUAAAUUUACACACAGUUUGUUUUAAUAUUAUUAAGCUUGGAGAAGUUACUGUAAGACAUUUAAAUAAAGCAGCAAACUGACCAACAUGUUUCUACUUGUUUUUUAAUUGUUAUGGUGAACAGUCAAUUUGAAAGCUGUGUACAACAUAUAAAUGACUGCAUGCAAUCUGUAUUAAUUAGCCUUUCUAGAGUUAAGGCUGCAGCAAUUACUAAAUUAUGUGCAAGCAAAUUGCUUUGAAGGAUGGUUUCAUAUGUAUAGU